AUGCACCGCUAAGGUGUAGUGUUGUCCAAAAUGGCGGAACAAUCUGUGAAGAAUCCGGGCUUAGAACUCGGGCAGAAAAAAUCUGAGAUGAGCGACAACUCAGGGGACAAUCUGGACAACGAGCUGGUGGAAUUAAAUCUUGGAGAACUAGACCUGACGUCAGAUGAGUUUAUUUUGGACGAGGUUGACACGCAUAUUCAGGAGAACUUGGAAGAUGAGCUGGUUAAGGAGGCCCUUAAGACAGGUGUGGAUUUAAGACACUAUUCUCGGCAGGUGGAGAAGGAACUUCAGCAGGUGGAAAACGCCUCCAUACAGGACUACAUUAAGGAAGCCCAUCACAUCGCCAGCCUGCAUAACCAGAUCAGCGCAUGUGACUCCAUCCUGGAGAGGAUGGAACAGAUGCUGAGCGGCUUCCAGACUGACCUCAGCUCCAUCAGCUCUGAGAUCCAGAGUCUGCAGGACCAGUCACUGUCCAUGAACAUCAAACUUAAGAACAGACAGGCAGUGCGCGGUGAGUUGAGUCAGUUUGUGGAUGAACUUGUGGUGCCGGAGGUCAUGGUCAACGCCAUCCUGGACGCUCCUGUCACUCAGAGACAGUUCCUGGAACAGCUGCAUGAACUCAACCACAAGAUCAACUUUGUAAAGGAGCAGUCUUUCAAGGAGGCUGUCGCCUGUCGUGAUGUUCAGGAUAUCUUGGAGAAACUCAAGCUCAAGGCCAUCACUAAGAUCCGAGAGUUUCUGCUUCAAAAGAUCUACCAGUUCAGGAAACCCAUGACUAACUACCAGGUUCCACAAAACGCUAUGUUAAAGUUCCGCUUCUUCUAUGAGUUCCUAUUGGCCAAUGAGCGCCACGUGGCCAAGGAGUGUCGAGAUGAAUAUAUCGACACCAUGAGCAAGAUGUACUAUUCCUACUUCAAGGGUUAUACCAGUCGACUGAUGAAGCUACAGUAUGAAGAAGUGGCAGACAAGGAUGAUUUGAUGGGUGUUGAGGACACAGCCAAGAAGGGUUUUUUCUCCAAACCUUCGCUGAAGAACCGCUCAACCAUCUUUACCCUGGGAAACCGCGGCAGCGUCAUCGCGUCUGAACUGGAGGCUCCCAUCAUCGUACCACACGCGGCCCAGAAGUCUGAGACUCGCUACUCCUUCGAAAGCCUCUUCCGUAGUAGGGUUGAAAAUUUCAUCCUGCGCAUGGCAGCGGAGUUCCCACUGCGGAAGGAGCAGCUGGUCUUCCUCAUCAACAACUACGACAUGAUGCUGGGGGUUCUGAUGGAGCGAACCAGCGAGGAAUCCAAGGAGACAGAGAGCUUCCAACAGCUGCUUCAAGCCAGAACACAGGAGUUUGUCGAGGAGAUCCUAGCACCACACUUUGGCGGUAUGAUCGCUUUUGUGAAGGAAACAGAGGGUCUACUGGAGAGGGGGCAGACGGAGCAAGUAAAGAACCAGGACGCUCGCAUCACCAAACUGGUCCGGGGGUUUGCUGUCAACUGGAAACAAGCCAUAGACGUUAUUAAUCAGGAGGUCAUGCGUUCCUUCACCAACUUUAAGAAUGGAACACAGAUUUUGCAGGUGACCUUGACCCAGUUGAUCCAGUACUACCAUCGCUUCCAGAAGGUUCUGUCCCAGGCACCCUUCAAGGGGCUUCAAGUGCGCGGCGAGCUCAUUAACAUACACCAUGUCAUGGUGGAGGUCAAAAAGAACAAGCCUACCUUCUGAAGUCUUCCCCCAUCCCAUACAUGUUCUUUUAUAGAAAACUGUUGUAUGAUAUCUUCUAUGUUAAUAUAAUUCCACCAGGUAAAGCCUCGGUCACAACCCGCCGUACGUGCAUCUGCGUGCUGUCUACGUGAAAAAACGUAGGCAAAUGUAGGGGAUCCGUACGGAAUCCUAUGGAUUCGGGAGACAUGACGUAGAACUUAAAGUGCAUGUAAAACUUUUUCUGCGUACGGUCUGCGGAUUCACCACCCGUACGUGCGAGUACGGGCGAUGCGCGUGACCCGUGUGUACCGUGCGUAAGAAGAACGUGUGAGUACAAGCACGUACAACUC